UUUGCUAAAUCGAUAUGUUUAAAUUAGUGAUUUUGGUGUCCGCUAUUGCGUGUGUUCUAGGCGGAGUCGUACCGGAAGGUCUUUCACCACAGAUCGAUGGACGAAUAGUUGGUGGCAACGAAGGCAAUAUCAAUCAAUAUCCUUAUUUAGUUUCUAUACAAAGAAAUGGUCAACACGUUUGUGGAGGUUCCAUUUAUAGCAAUAAUAUUGUUGUGACUGCGGCUCAUUGUUUGCAAAAAGCUUCGACCAAUGAUUUAAGAGUAAGAGCUGGUUCUUCGACAUGGUAUACAGGUGGCACAUUAUCUUAUGUUAGCUCAUUUCGGAAUCACGAAGGUUAUAAUCCCACUACAAUGGAAAAUGAUGUAGCAAUUAUACGUUUACAGACUAUUUUAUCCUUGGGUUCUACUAUGAAUAGAAUCAAUUUAGCAACUUGGUCUCCAUCAAAUGGAGCUUCAGCAGUUGUUGUCGGUUGGGGCACAAAAUCUUACAAUGGUGAAAUUUCUGAUAAUCUACGAUAUAUUGAUGUCAGUAUCAUUAGUACAGCACAGUGUGCAUCUAGUGCCUACAGAUAUGGUUCAAGUAUAAAAUCAGAUAUGAUUUGUGCAUUUGCUGCGGGUAAAGAUGCUUGUCAAAAAGAUUCUGGUGGUCCAUUAGUUUCUGGCAAUGCUUUAACUGGUAUUGUUUCUUGGGGUUAUGGAUGCGCUUAUGACGGAUAUCCAGGUGUUUACACAGAUGUUGCACAAGUGCGUGCUUGGAUUGUUAAUAAUGCUAAUAACAUUUAAGGCAAUAUUUGAAUUUGUAAAUUUCUUGUUAAUUUUAGAACUAAAAAAUGGAAAUAGAUUUAUUAAUUCAAUGCUAUACAACAGUGCAGUAUUAAUACGCUCUAAGAAAAAUGAUAUAUAA